AAGCAACCAGCCUAUCACUUGAUAACAGGUUAUUAUAACCUUAAUUCUUUACUUAUCGUGUUAUUUUAUAUAUCCGCUCCACACUGACUGAUUUGUGCAACACAUUCACAGAAGUAUAUCACUUUAUGAAAUAAACACCGGUUACUUGAACAAAAAAUUCACCAAGAUUUAAAUAUUAUUUUCAAUCUGUAUCAACUAAAUAAUUUCCACAAAAAAAAUAUCCCAGUCCUGAAAACAACAAAACCGAAGGACAAUAGGCACAUCUGCAUCCGUUUAAAUCGUAGACCAGAAAUGAAUUUUAAUCACACUAGAAUCUUCUUUAUCCUUUUUUCGCUAUUAAUGUACAAUGAAAAGUUCCCUGUUGAAGCUGUGGACUCAGAUGACGAAUUAUUUUCUGUAAAUAUUUAUGGAGCAACUACUUACUCCAGUUCAAGUGCUUUGGGCAGUUCAUCUGAAUACUCAGUAGACGAAGACUUCAUGUAUAAACACCCAACAUGUUUCCAGACGGAUCCUCAACAACCUGACUUAAAUGGUUAUCAUUGGCUAAUAAUUGAUUUCGGUAUUGUGAUGCACCAUGUGAAAGAAAUACGACUAGCUCCAAAUCCCAGCCACAAGGACUAUGCUACAAAACUGUCAAACACUGAUGUAUACCUUAUACAAAGUGGAGAAUCUUCGGAAACAGACGAAAUGAUAGCAUCGCUGAGAAAAUCAAGACGUGAAUCACCAAGACAAAUUAACUGGAACUCAAAAGGCAUUCAUUUCUGUCAGUCAACAGGGAAUAUUUCAGCAGGUACUCGAGCCGCAAGUAUCGAAUGUGCAGGAGAAAUGCAUGGUAGAUGGUUAGCUUUAAGAAGAUUAGAGGGAGAAUUAAAUAUUUGUCUUAUCAAUGUUUAUGUUAAAAAAGCUUUUGAGGAGUGUUUUAUUGGUUAUUCAAAGAAGGAACAACUCAUAUGGCCAAGCUUAUCAGGUCAACCAUUCAGUUUCAUCCGUCAUCUAUCUAAGUCAGCUUGCAGGGCUGGUUGUUCAGCUAACAGAAACUGUCAAGCUAUUCGGUAUAAGAAAAUGAGACGCACUGGAGUUUGUGAACAAAUAAGAGACGUCAUUCUUUCAGAAGAUCUGGUUAACAAUACAAUGAAUGGAAGCAGCCAGUUCGCGCAGGAUUCCUUGAUAAAUUGUGAAUCAGAGGACUGUACAAUUGCAUUAAACAAAUGUCAUCUAGGUAAACUACAUGAAUUACAUCGAGUGGUAACUCCACAGAGGAAUGAAUCUACAGAAUCCGUUUUCCAUGAGGACAGUGAUUAUAAUGGUUAUCAAAGUGAAAAUAAAUUUUCACUAUGGGAAAUGAAAUCUGACCACCAGACAGCUCAUUCAAAUUCUAUGGAACCUGGAUUCUUAUUGUCUGUUCAAAUGGAUGGUUACUUGUAUUGUAGUGAAGCAAUUUGUGAUACACUGAAGGUCUAUUCGGUGGAUGAGAAUAACGAAGCUGUACUUUGUGGAGAAAUUGACUCUCUUGUUGUAUCUCAUUUAAGCAAGUAUUAUUUAUUCUGUCAAAAUAAUUACUCAGUCGAUAAGAUGAAAUCGAUUCGUUUAGAAUGGAAUAACAGGGGGAGAGAGAAUACCGGUUACUUACACGUGAAUGUUACCCAAAUGUUUGUAAGAAUAACACAGAAUUCAAAAUUAUUCGACUUUAACAUGAAUCCUGAUUUUAUUCCUGUAACAACUCACGCAACUACAACCACAACAACUGAGACAAACUUCGUCAGGGAGCCAGAAUGGAUCCAGCAUCAGGUAAAGGAGAAAAAUGAACAGGAAAUCGAACAACCCAAGGUUCAAGAACCCAAUGAUCGAUCGGAUGGAGAAGAAAAGAAAGAAGAAGGAACGAAAAAGCGAUCAGGACAUAUUCAGCAAGAAGCAGAACUGCUUCAGCAAUAUUAUCAGCAUGAAAAUGAAGAAAGACUACAUAAAAACCAUGACAGAUAUUCUAGUGAACAAAAACACCAACAAAACGAAUCAGAAGAAAUCAAUACUAUUGGUGAUAAUACAGAAGAAACCUCUGACCCGAUGAAUUGGUUGAAUUCGAAUACAGACUAUGGGGAAGAUGAGGAAGAUGAAGUUGACACAUCAAAUUUUGAAGUUGAAGAUGACAAAAGAGAUAACCAGGUGAUAGAAACUGAAACGACCAAACAAGUCAACUCAAUUACUGAAGGCCAAACUGAAUUCACUGAACAAAUACAAGAUAAUACGAAGUCUAAAUAUAUAAUAACAACUGAAUCUAAUAAAACAAUCCAACAUAAUGAUAAAGCUGAUCACCAGAUUACAAAUUCGUGGGAACUAAAGUCAAGUUCGCAUAAUCUUCCUAAACAAGACGGUGAAAACUACGAGAAGAAAAAUAUGCUCUCAGCAAAAUUAGGUGUACGGGAAGCAAGAAGAGAACAAGAUGAUGAUAGAGAUAAUUAUCAUAAAACCAAAGUUUCCGGGAAAAAUCACCGUAACUUAGAAAGAAAAUCACUCCUAACACCAGCAGUCUAUGAUGAGAAGAAAAUGAAGAAUAGCAGUCCACUUCCACAUAAUCCUACACUAUUUUUAAUUUUCUUAACUCACCUAAAUUAUAUUCUCAUAUACAGUGCAUUUGAAUACAGCUCAUAAAACUUUUAUCACCUGCAAAAUAAAGUUUCAUAAUACGAGAUAUACAGUAGAAAAAUACGUGAUGCUAUAACAUUUUGCAAUCAGCCUCAGUAAAUAUUUCAUGCCACUAAUCAGCAUGGGAAAUCUGAAUUAUCCCGAUAAACAUUUGUUUUUUUUUAAAAAAAAAAGGAACGUAAGCCUCAUUUUAUUGCGUUAACUCAGCUUGAAUUGGUUGUAAAGGUUUAAAUGUCAAUGUUGAUUUGCAUCACUUUUAUUCUGUGACAUAUUUAUUAACUUUUGCAAUAGUAACGAAAACCCUAAUUCUUAGUAAUCGUCUUACAUUUUUUUAUAUGUUAAUGUGGGGAAUUUAAGCUGUCAUGACAAUGUUUAGUUAUCUUUUUGAAUAUUUAUUUUUUCCAUCUUGAAAUUUACAUCAACACUGAAUUAACUGAUGUGUAUUUAUUUCUUCCUUUUGCAUAUUUGUCAAACCGCUUAAACAAAUUUACGUCUCAAUAUACUUUUCACCAUUUUUUUGGAAAGUGAAAAUAAUUCAAACAGAG